AUGGGAUUUACACCAAGACGCUUUCUAGGUGUUAAACCGUCGAAAGCGCUUCUGUUGUUGCCUUUUAUGUUGUCAUUCAUGCUCGUCGGGAGCCAAGGCGAGAGCAAUGCGAUGGACAACGUCGCAACUGAGAGGCUGGCUGAGGCAAGCCACCGACAAGACAGUGCCAAUCUACUCAUAUUCAUAAUGCUCUUAACUCUAACCAUUUUAACUAUAUGGUUGUUCAAACACCGGCGAUUUAGGUUCCUGCACGAAACAGGACUUGCCAUGAUCUACGGCCUGUUGGUGGGUGUGAUCCUGCGUUUUGGAGUCCAUGUGCCGCAGAGCCUGAGUGACGAGAUCCUCAACUGUGCUGUCAACGCCAGUCCCGCUACUCUGCUGGUCAACGUCAGUGGGCGAUUCUACGAGUACACUCUGAAGGGGGAAGUCAGCCGGAGAAAAGGUCACCAAAUGCAGGACGAUGAGAUGCUGAGAAAGGUGACCUUUGACCCAGAAGUGUUUUUCAACAUUUUGCUGCCUCCCAUCAUCUUCCAUGCCGGUUACAGUCUGAAAAGGAGACAUUUCUUCAGAAACAUCGGCUCCAUCCUGGCCUAUGCUUUUAUUGGAACAGUUAUCUCCUGCUUUGUUAUUGGGCUGAUCAUGUAUGGCAUUGUGUCCUUCAUGAAAGUCGUCGGCCAGCUUGGGGGAGAUUUCUUCUUCACCGACUGCCUCCUGUUUGGAGCCAUCGUUUCAGCAACAGACCCAGUGACAGUGCUGGCUAUCUUCAAUGAGCUAAAAGUAGAUGUGGACCUGUAUGCUUUACUCUUUGGGGAGAGUGUCCUCAAUGAUGCGGUGGCCAUCGUCCUCUCUUCCUCCAUUGUUGCGUACCAACCUGCAGGAGACAACAGCCACAGCUUUGAGGCCAUGGCCAUGUUGAAAUCCUUCGGCGUCUUCCUGGGCGUCUUCAGUGGAUCCUUUGCUCUUGGGGUGGCUACUGGAUUCAUGACCGCUCUCGUGACCAAGUUCACUAAGCUCCGGGACUUCCCCUUGCUGGAGACCGCGCUCUUCUUCCUCAUGUCCUGGAGCACCUUCCUGUUGGCCGAGGCCUGCGGGUUCACAGGCGUCGUGGCUGUGCUGUUCUGUGGGAUCACUCAGGCUCACUACACGUUCAACAAUCUCUCCCCUGACUCUCAGGAGAGGACCAAACAGUUGUUUGAGCUGCUGAACUUCCUGGCAGAGAACUUCAUCUUCUCCUACAUGGGUCUGACUCUCUUCUCCUUCCAGUCACACGUCUUCAACCCGAUGUUCAUCAUCGGAGCCUUUAUGGCGGUGUUUGUGGGCAGGGCGGCAAACAUCUACCCUUUGUCCUUCCUGCUCAACCUGGGCCGCAAGAACAAGAUUAAAUCCAACUUUCAGCAUGUCAUGAUGUUUGCAGGUCUGCGUGGGGCGAUGACCUUUGCUCUUUCAAUCCGAGACACGGCGACUUAUGCCCGUCAGAUGAUGUUUUCAACCACCCUCCUGAUUGUCUUCUUCACCGUCUGGAUCUGUGGAGGGGGCACCAUGCCCAUGCUGUCCUUCAUGAGCAUACCGGUGGGUGUGGACUCUGAUCAAGACAACUCUAGUUCAGCGGUGUUGGAUGGGUCACAGCGGAGGAACACCAAACAUGAGAGCGCCUGGCCCUUCAGGAUCUGGUAUAACUUUGACCACAACUACCUAAAGCCCCUCCUGACCCACAGCGGCCCCCCCCUCACUACUACUAUGCCUACUUGUUGUGGACCGCUGGCACGGUGCCUCACCAGCCCACAGGCCUAUGAGAAUGAAUACCGGCUCCACGACGAUGACUCCGACUUCAUUCUGAACGAUGCAAGCGUGAGCUCCAUGUACGCCGACGUCACCGUCAGCACCGACGCAUCCGGAUCCCGCACCAUCAACCGCCCCUCCGGCACCGGGGGAGGCCCGUCCGAUGACGGUCUGGAUCACGAGCUCGCCUUGGCGGAACACGAGGUGGCGAUCAGGGGAACCCGCCUGGUGCUGCCCAUGGAUGACCCCGUGGAUCCCCCGAUCACCGUCACCCUGCCCCCGCCGCCCUCCCCGCCCCGCUCCGAACCUCGCAGGCAUAGACUGUAACGAGGCUUACACUGUCACGAUGCAGUUUGUUGUUUUCAGCUUUAAAAAAAACAACACAAAUCAUCUCAUUAGAUUUCACAAGAAAAUAACAUCUGAUAGUUGAUUUGUUUGGAUAUUUAAAUUGAAACCACAAACUGCUUAUACAGAACGGGGCGCCAUGUUGAUGGAACCACCUCUCUAACGUGGUUUUAAAAUAGGCUCAGCUUUGUGACAAACUUGAGGCGCGCAUGAUUUAAGUCUCCAUUUAGGUGGAUUACUGUAAUCUUGAAUGUGAAUGCACUACGUGUAAGGUAAAAGGUACUGCAAAUCAAGUGCACCUCAAGUCCAAAGGUUACUCAAAUGAAUGCGAAACGCACAUUUAGCCAUCAUUUUAACAGGCAAAACAAAAAUGGUAGUAUUUGCUCCUACGUUUGUACUACUGUGGGAAUAUGCCAGUGCUGUUAUCUAUGCUCUAUAAAACUCCCUCUGGCUUUAUGGAGCGACCCCUAAACGUUUCAUCCUCUUUUCUCUGUGCUGAAGUUGCUCCUGACAACAGGCCCUGCAAUUGUCUAGCUUCCUUCAAGUAUUUGUACGACGACCUACAGCAUCCUUUAGCGCAUGGCCCUCUUUGCUCUGGUACCACUUACUAACAUUCAGUGAUGUUAAAGAGCAUUUUACACGACAGCCACAGUACCAAUUGUACUUCUCCAUCCACAGGCUCGUAAGUGUAUCCAGUAUGUUUGCCUCCUGCUCAAUGUUCAUUAGUGGAGAAGGUUCAAAGAGGAUUUGUGAAUGGCCAAGGUGGGAGCAACGAGACAAAGAUAGGACAUCUGCGAUGGAAGCAGUUUGAGGAGUUUUGAAUUUUAAAAGAAACAAAUCCCUCCAACUGCUUCCUCAACAGGAGUGUCUCUGAGAUGUUACAUUUUAGCACUGCCCGCGUCUUCUCUUCUUGAUCAGUCUUUUCACUUAGUCACGUGUUUAUUUAUUCAAAACGAUUGAUUUAUUUUGUUUAUUUAUUCUUUAUUUAUUGUUUUGUGGGGUGACAUUAAUGAUUAUCUUGCCCUGUUCAGGGCUGCUGGGUGGUGAAAGGAUGUCGUCAUGCACGUGUCCUAACAAAGUACUACACAAGGUACCGUGUACGGCAGGGAGGUCACGAGGGAGGCGGAUAUUCCAUUGAGGAGUUCGAUCAUCACAAAGUGUGCAUGUUAAAAUAUCUCCUUCCUGUUCUGUAGCAGAUCAUUCUACUUUUGGAAACUAGAGCGUGUGUGUGUGUGUGUGUGUGUGUGUGUGGCGGAUGUCAGAAUGAAAUUGUCCAAAUUACUGACGUGGUUAUUAGGGCUAAUGUCUCUUUCUGGGGUUUCCUGUCAUCUGGUUUAAUCUUAAAAAAAAGAAAAAGUAACUGCCGUGUCUUGAUGACUCCGAGGGCUGGCUGAACUGUUUUGACUUAAAGUGCCUAUUCUGAAAUUCAAUUACUUAAUGUAGAUUUGUAUAUAUUUUGAUUUGCUAAUGUGCAGUAAGAUUAUCUUUCUUGUUUUUUAUAUGACACAAAACUAUUUGACUGAUGUUAAAUAUUGUAUUACCAGUAUAAUUAGGCCAUUAGGUGACUGUCUGUGUGUGGUGGAGAUCACAAAAGAUUGCAAACUAAGACAUUGUACUUGUAGAAAACUAAUCACUAAUGUUUUCUUUUUGGAAAUUGUCUACUUUAUCAAAAAGUACAUGUGGCUUUUAAAAAUGAAACUAUUGGGUACUGAAUUUGAAUGCAACAAGAACCUGGCAACCUCUUUUCUGAUUUUUAUUUGCCAGUAAGGUCAAAGAAAAGAUACGACAGGAGGAUACUACCGACUUCUUACUGCUGCAGCGUUAGUCUGUCCGUUCCUUGUUUGGUAACCAACAUCCUAUACUCUGUUCCCACCUCAGUGACAGAUGUUUUGCACUGAGGCAUCUCCUUAGUUAACCCUUGUUUGCUCUGUUUUCUGCUGGGUGAUUUUUUUUUUGACCAUGGUAGAAUUUAUUCCUGGUAAAAAUCCCAUUUUUGCAAAUGUUCAAAUGUUUGUUUUAACUUGUGUCAAGCUGCACAACUUGUCUUUUUGAUCUUCAAGCGUUAUUCUUAAUAUGCGGUUUGAGUUUGUGCAUAAUCAUCCAGAGAUGUGGACGGAUGAAUUUAAAUGUUUUCUCUUUCAGCACGGUACCUUUUUUGAUUUUCAUUUGUUGUUUAAAUGUAAUUGAACCAUAAAAAAAAAAUCAUACUAUGUUUAUAUGGGAAUUUUGAAGAAGCAGUGGUAAUCGUACAAUAGCAACCGCACCUGAAACUGAAAAUCUGAACAUGUUUAUGUUUCUACUGUUUGUAGAAACAGUUGUAUUUGUGAAAAGUACACCUGCAAUAGGUCUAUAUGUGAAACUCAUGUUGAGAGGAAAAUAAUCUCAGAUGUAAUAGAUUGUUCCCUGUGUGUUCCUGAAGUUUUAACAUCGUCUGUCAGACAUCUUGCAAGUGUACUAGAAGAAAAUUAAAAACAAUCUUGGACAAGA